AUGACCAAGCAGGCCCCUGCCAAAUCGACCAAAUCCAGACGCCGUAAACCGGCAAAGACAAAGCCCGCUCGCCCCGUCAUUGCCGACCCAGACGAGGAAUUGUAUGAAAUCCGAGGUAUACUAGAGGAGAAGUACGACGGCUCCAGGUUAUUGUACAAGGUCGAUUGGGCCGACAAUCCUACCACUGGCGAGCGUUACGAUCCUUCGUGGGAACCCGCAGAGAACGUGACCGAGGCUGCGGUCGCCGAGUGGGAAGAAGAGAAGCGCCAACGGCAGGUCGCUGAACGAGAGAGCCAGCAGACCAGUGCCGGCACCAGCAGCCAGUCUGUGCUGCUCCCAGAUUGGCGAGCGAAGCGCAGGAUAGCCGGGGAAGAGGACGAAAGGCCAGCGAAACGGACCAGGGAAUCGGUAGAUUCGGGAUACACAUCUACCGACGGCGACAAGGGAUUCACAUCCACCCCCGGCGACGCCGAAGCAUCUGCUCCCGGUGACGACGAACCAUCUACCCCCGGUGACGACGAAGCAUCUGCUCCCGGUGACGACGAACCAUCUACCCCCAGUGACAACGAAGCAUCUACCCCCGGCGACGACGAAGCAACCUGGGCCUUCGUAUCGUCCAUCCCGGAAGUCAGAGGGGAAGUUGUCCUUGAGCUGCCCGUUCCUCCCGGGUUUAACCCCUCUGAUUACGAGGUGGUUAGUCUCUCGCAAUCUUCAUCGGGCUCCUCUCAAGGCGCUCCUUGGUUAGCGUCCCUCCCACAAGCCAAGAGCGCGGACCACAACGGAGGUGGAGUCAGUCAGAGGACCGUUCCCGAUUCUCAAGACAGUUUCGAUCCCCUGCGCACCGAAUCGUCGCUCAAAUCCGAAGUCAAUCGUGUGGAGACGGUUUCGUCGGAGCAGAGCUCUCAAGCCCACAGCAAUCGAGUACCUCAAGAGGUCGGCACAAAAUCCAACUCUCUAGAAACUGGCGGUCAGGCGAGUCGCUCCGAUUUAGACAUACCGUCUAGGCAACCUGAGAACUUACAUCAACAUUCCGAGCACGCGUCCAACCUGCUUGAGCUAUCCGAGGUCCGCCACAACACUGGCAGUGAUUUACUCCGUCCUCUUGGACAUUCCCAAGACGGAGAAACCCGCUCAGCAGCCGACAGUCCCUGGUCUGGAGGAUUUUUAACUCAGCCAGAAUACGAUAUCCCCCUAGAUUCCAGAGAGUCCUGGCCGUCAGGAGUAAACGGAUUGCCAAGACUCAGCCCGGACCCAGAGCAAGGCGAGCAUCAGAACCAUCCUCCUGCCUCGCAAGCCCUCAGUACCUCGAAUUCAUGUUCGCACUUCCAGGCGGCUCAGGAGGUCCCACUGUCUGGUAGCCAACCGUGGCAGAUCCACACUCAAAGCCUAGAGACCACUGGAUCGGAGUUGAUUAUUCCUGAAACAGUUGAGAAAGGCCGCAAGAAGCCUCCGACUUCUUUCGAACCCGGCCGGAGCGUGGGCCAGGUGCCUAAGCGAAAGGGCCGAGAGCUCGAUUUUGAUCGGGUCGGUAGCGUCAGCCUGUCGGGAGUCGACUUCCGUCCCUUCACUCCUUCAGCAAAUAGAAACAAACACUCCAAAAUGGACGAACGUCCCGUGGAACAGACCCCGCCCUCGGCGGUAGACCUGCUGCGCCAGCUACAAGCAGAUAUAUUCGGCAGACCCCGCGAGUCAACAGGAUCACAAGCCACGAGUGCAGCGCCAGCCAUGACUUCAUCAUCGUUGGCGCUGUCCGCAGAGGCCACCAUGGCACGCCCAUCAGUAGUGGCAAGUGGAGAUUUGUUCGCCGAAGCAGCAUCCGCACCGCCGCCGGAAACCGUGGCACCGUCAGAGCUAACUACUUCUGCUGACCAUAUCGCUGUGGUUGAGGACAUGCUCCCGACUGGCCAUCAUCAGAUUAUGGAUGCAGGAGUCGAAGAUCCCAUUUCGAUGAGCAUGAACGAUGGCCUUGAUCAUUUCCAUGCCGAAAUCGGCCGUGAAGACCCUGAAGACGAGAGCAAUCACAGACAUUUUCUCGUCACGCUCCCAAUGGCAGCAAAUACUCGGCCAAUUUAUCUCGAUACCAUCACAGAGAACAAGUCGACCAUGAUCGAGUUCAGCGAAGUGUUUGCAAAUUCCGUCACCAGUCUCCCGGACGCCGAAUUGGUGGCCAAAAUGGACAGCAUCUUUGAGCAGCUACUCGCCCUCUGUGAUCUGCCGGCGUACAACGACACCCUACCUGAACUGGACACAGCCGAGAUGAUGAAACAUGCCACCGGGUCGAACAGCAAAUUCUCUUUCGUCUACGAGUUUCUAAACGGCCUGGUGGAUGUCAAUGCGCGGGUUUUGAUUCUUUCUCAAUCGGGCCGCGUGUUUGAAUACUUGGAGGCGAUUGCCUCUACGGCGCGCUUCUCCUACGCCCUUCUCGGACAGGAGGAUACGGUGCGACAAGCCGAAGAAGGCAUGUCUGUGAUCCUGGCAGUGGCUGGUCAGGACUUGUCUAAGAUUCAGGGAGGCGUCGAUGUUGUCCUGCUUUUCGAUCAUGCGGCGCGGUCAGUUGAACUGCCGGUCACAUUGGCCUUCAAUUCGAUAGAGCCCACCGUUCUCUCUCUAGUCGUCACCUAUUCACUCGAGCAUAUCGACCAACAGCUUCUGCAACAAGAGCCAGACUUGGAUGAGUUGGAGAGAAAGAAUGCGCUCAAUCUUGCCACAGCUGCCGCGAAAGACCAUCUCAGGAACCCGGAGCCCGGCUAUCCUGAACCACACGUAGCUGCCGAGAUGUUUGCGCAUUUCGUGAGGAAUCCAGAGGGUGGCUUGGCCUGGGAACCUCACACUCUCCCUGCCGAUGUAUUCGAUUUUUGGCUGAGCUCGCAAGGCCGCAGCCAACAAGACCAGAGCGAACUCCAUCCGAGCGGUAUCCCUAACCUGUCUGGCAGUCGGAAGCGCCAUCUUGACUACGUUGACGAGGGAGCGCCGAAGCGGACGCGACUUUUGGAUCUCCAACAACCCAUUCGGCAUGUCACCCCAGCGCGGAUGAGCGAUCGUCUGAAGCGGACGCUCGCAAGCCAUCCGGCUAAUAGCCGAGCUUCCACGCCGGUCGAAGUGCCUGUCGAGCAGCUAGAGCGAAUGGCAGACAAGAUCGCGGAAUUGGAAGACUGUCUCGCAAAGCAGAACGUUGUCGAAGCAAAGACACGCGAGCAUAUGGAAAGCCUCGAGUCUCAGCUACGAUCGUACGAGCGAACCGUUCGGUCGAUGCAGCCAAAAUUCCACGAUGCUCUCCGUGAUAGAGCAGAGUUCGAAAAGGAGCGCAAUGCGGCUGUUGAGAAGGCGAAAGCCGCCACUGAACGGCUCGAGGCCCGCAACACCGAGGUGAAGAACCUAAAGGAGAAGAUCGAGCUCCUCGAAUCCAAACUCGCAGAGGCCAACACAGCCAUGGCCAACUCGGCUAUUCCCGAUAUUGCGAAAUUCGCUCAAGUCGAGAAAGCUCGAGACGAUGCUCUGGCGACUGUGCAAAAACUCGAGAAGAAAGUCCGCAACGCUGAGAAUAACCUCGAGUACACCCGCAAGGCGUACCAGGACGCGUCCAAUUCGCACAGCGAGGUCAGUCAGGAGAACCGCGAGCUGAAGGCCAAAAUCGAAGACCUCGAGAAGCGCGCGAGCGACAACAUUGUCAGGAUUCAACAGAUACACGCCAACAACGAGGCGGCCGCCUUCAACGCACAAAUCGAUGACCUCCGAGCAACGCUCGAGAACCGCGAGAGAGAGCUGGAACGCGUAAAGGAUGAGCUGCGCAACCUUAAGAACAAUCGCCGCGAAACCAGGCAGAACAGCGUCCCGCGCAGUCCGCGACUGGGUGUCAUGAGCCCCCGCCCGGGUCGUGCCGCCGGUGCAGGUAGUAGGGGCACCAGCCCCGCGCCGGCCAUGAGCUCCGACGGCUUGAGCGGCACACCCGUGCCUGGCAUGACGCUCUUCGCGCCUGCCGGAAAUGGUGGUCGCUGGGGGCACCUCCGCGACUAG